AUGCCUCUCUGCGGUGGAACCAAGACCGUUCAGCGCAAGCUGGUUUUGCUAGGUGAUGGUGCUUGCGGAAAGACUUCGCUAUUAAACGUCUUCACGAGAGGAUAUUUCCCUACAGUCUACGAACCCACCGUCUUUGAAAACUACGUCCACGACAUUUUCAUCGACAAUGUUCACGUAGAACUUUCCCUCUGGGACACGGCCGGCCAAGAAGAAUUCGACCGCCUGCGCUCACUGUCCUACGACGAUACCCACGCCAUUAUGCUUUGCUUCAGCGUUGACUCGCCAGACUCGCUCGAGAAUGUCGAAUCCAAAUGGGUCGCCGAGAUUGCCGAAAACUGCCCAGGUGUCAAGCUCGUCCUUGUUGCUUUGAAGUGCGACUUGCGAGAGCAAGCGAAUGAUGACGAAGAGAGCGCCGAACCCAAACGUCCCAUGAUUGACUACAAGCGCGGUCUCGCUGUAGCCGAGAAGAUCAAGGCGCUCAGAUAUCUUGUCAACGAAGCCUUUACCGAGGCUGCCCGUGUCGCCCUCCAGGUCAAGAAUGUCAAGGGCGACAAGCAGAGCAGCUGCUCCGUCAUGUGA